CCCGCCCGAUGGGCCGGCGAGAGCCCCGCCGCCUUCCCGCGCCCAUAAAGGGCCCGGGCCGGGGCCGGCGGUCGGGCGGGCGGCCGAGGCGGCGCCGAUGGAGGGGCGAAGGUGGCCGGCGGGGCUGAGCGCGGCGGUUCUGCUGACGUUGCAGGGCCUGGCCUUCGCGCAGGGGCCCAGCUGCAGCAACAAGCAGUACCAGUUGAAGGACGGCAGGUGCUGCAACCGAUGCCCUCCAGGCGAGAAGGUGGCAGCUGCCUGUUCGGCGGAGUCCAAUACAACCUGCAGCCCAUGUGAGGAGGGUCACUUCCAGGCCAGCUGGACCAAGGAGCUCCACUGCACCCAACACCACACCUGCAACCUGAAAGCCGGCCUGACUGUCUAUGAGAAUGGCACCGAGAAGCAAGACUUCAUUUGCCGGUGCCGGGAGGGCACCCACUGUUCCAGCCCCGAGUGCGAGACUUGCAAGCCCCACACCUCCUGUGGCGCAGGGGAAGGGGCCCAACGGGAAGGCAACCACCUCCAUGACACGCUCUGCGCCCCCUGCUCUUUGGGCUCCUUCUCCAACGUCUCCUCCUCCACAGCUCGGUGCCAGCCCUGGAGCAGGUGCCAGGAGGGGCAGCUGCAGAAGGCAAAUGGCACCCAGGCCACGGACGUCACAUGUGAGACCGCCCCAUUGAAGCCCCCCGAGGACAGGAAGCGCUACCUGCUGGUGCUACUGGUCCCUCUUGGUGCCUUCAUGCUGGGAGGCCUCCUGUUCUUGUGGCGUCGAUUUGGCGGAUGUCCUCGGGAGCGGCACCAGGAUCUGCCGCUGGAGCCCACGGAGAACGAGGAGGAGGCCCCCACCUUCCCCACCCAGGAGACCCUCUUGGGGCAGCAGGCGGGCCUGCAAGAGAAGGACGGCUGCCUCGCCCAGCUGGAGCAGGUCUGACCCAGGAGCCGUGGGGAGGCCGGGCUGGCCAGGGGCCUUCUCCCCAUUGGACAGGGGCAGCCCUGCGGAGGCCUGGGCUCUGCCACGCGGGUGACCCUUCCGGCGGCCUCUUUGCCGUUUGGCGGAACUGCGAUCCCAGCCGGCUGAGAGUCGAGUCAAGCCACCUCCGCUUUGGCUAAGAACCUGGCACGGUGUGGGUCUCGGCCAGGGGAGACCCCCACCCCUCCCCUCCCUCGCCCAGAUCUGCCCUGGAGGACGAGGCUCUGGUGGGCUGUGCGGGGCUCCAAUGGGAACUGGACACCAAGGGCAACGAAGCCAACGACUUCAUGGGAAGGCAACUCCCAGCAGCCUGUGGGGGUCUCCAGAGCAGCGACUGGUCCUGCUGGCCGGGGCCUUUGGUGGCAGCCAGCUCUGCCCUCCCGGCACGGUCCGGGUUAGAGGUGGCAGCUGUGAGGGAGGCCUCCGUCCUCCCGUCCACCCCUGGGCCGGCCGGCCGCAUCUUGGAACAGCCGGGAUGGAGCCCCUUUGUUCUCCCAUCUGUGUGUUUCUCGGACCGCAGCUCCGUGUUGAGCUCUUAUAAA